GCAUACAUGGGGUCUUCCUUUACAGACGUUCCCGUCGGGGGAAGUACUCCCCAUCAACUUCACGGUGCUCCAGCUCAUCCAGGAUAUACCGGACAGGCCCAACAUGAAUACCCUGGGGUGGUGCCCGGGGUGCGGCGCCGUCGCCACGCGGCACUGCUGGGUCCGGCACAAUGUCCUGACCGUCAACGCUGCUCUGGAGCAGCUCCUGCAGGGCGACGCCGCGCCUAGUGGCCCUCCACUGCACACAGGAGGACCACUAGCCGCGCCUCCGCCGCUGGUGGCACGCCAUCUGGAGCGCCUGAAGGACGGGGACCAUGAAGGGGAGGCCCUGCAAGCGCUCACCUUGCUGUCUGGAAAGACCUGGGAUGUGAUCCUGCGGGGCGGGGGCCACGUGCUCUCAGGCACGCUGCGGGACAUCAAGGACCCUGAGACCAAGGCCCUGUUGCUCCUCAUGGCGGCGAAAGGAGAACUGACAAGCCGCGCAGUCGAUUGUGCCAAGGACCUCGGCCACAAAGAUCAAGCUCUCAAUCUAAAGAUGAUUCUUGGGGUGCGACGGCUGCUCAAUGUGCCCAUGAAUGACCUGUACCAGGAGGUACUGGAGGUCGCUGCGCCUACCGUUGAGCAGCUGAGUUUGCUCCAGCCUACGGAUAGGGCGCUGUGCGCGGCGUUCGUCAUGCCUCGACUGAGGAGACUGCGCGUCGAUGGUUUUGUGGACGAAUCUCUCCGAGAAUCUCUCCACACGAUCGAAUCUAACCUAGAACUCAAUCUCAAGCAAGGGCACGUGCAGUGGCUCGAGUUGGUGGCUUUCCCUCCCACCCUGCUAAAGGUUGUGCUGAAGGCCCAGCGGCUGUCGCUGGAGGUGCUGCAGCUAACCGCCCCCGAUUACUACUCGCGUUUGGAUUGCGACGAGCUGUUGUCUGUGCUGGAGGACUGCGAGCUGCGCUCGCUCAGGAGGCUCGUCCUGGUGAAGAUGCUGGACGAUGUGUCGCCCUUCUACGACAACCACGUGAAGUUUGACAGAGAGGGCUGCGUGAGCAAGCGCGAGGCGCUGCUGGAAGCGCUGCCCGAGGAGGCCGAGGUGGUCUGCGCGCUGUGCGACGGUGAGUCUGUGUUGAAGCCGAUGAUGGAACAGCUGUAGGCGACUGUAGGCGCGGUUCAACCGAUUUCAAUCGUUUAAAAGGCAUUUCAAGUAUAGAAAAUUAGCAAGUGCAUGUGUAUUUGGGCAGAAGGUUAAUGAGAGAUGUAAACACUGAAUGUUAAACCUCAUAGAGUCUCCCUUUCCGAUUUAAUGCGCCAAAAGGGUGAAUUAAAAAUCUCGCUGUCAAA